UUGCAACAAUAGCAGGUUAGGAGGGGGAGAGGGAAACUUCAAGAAUCCUUUCCUGGGCUUGGAAUUAGAACCCAGCAUGCAGCAUCCAGAAACAAGUGUUUUAUAGUGCCAAAGGUGGAAUUUAUGGCUUUUAAUGAGCUACUUAUCUGUGACGGGAGUAUUUCUUAAAGACUGCUAGAGGUGUGAUUUGUGUUAGUUUGUACUGUGGUUGGUGUGGGUGGGUGUUACUCCUGAGAGGUCAUUUAGUAGCUUUUACUUUAGAUUUUAGGAGUACGUAUAAGCAAGCGUAGGCCAUGCAGCCUUUAGCAUGUGCUAAAUAUAUGUAUACACAGGCACAUAAUCCAUGGAACAAUCGUCACCCAGGACAGGAACACCAUAAGGCACCUUAACUGCUCCAUUAGGCACAGCACAUCAUCUAAAAAUAGAGUUCAGGUUUAAAUUUAGGAGAAAAUUUAUUCAGUGCAAAGAAUCCUGCCGGAAGUGCAGCUGGGUCUGCCAUCUAGUGUAAGACUUGUGCAAUGGCACCUGAACAACUAAAACAACUGUAAUGUGACUCCAGUGAUUCCAUCCUUUUGGAGGACUGUCCCUAGCACUAUGCACCAAAGGGAUAAAGCAAUCAGCUAAACCCUAAAAUGAGAGCUGUUCACCUGGGACCAUUUUUUUACACUGUUAUAUGAGGUAAUGUCUAAUAAUUAAGCGAGGGACUGGGAUUCACUGAGAAUAACAGGAGUACGGAACAGGCUGCUGAUGAUGUGUGUGUGUGUGCAAGUGUGUCCUGCCCUCUGUGUGUGUGUGUGUGCGCUGCCUGUGAGUGCAAAUGCAUGCCUUUCAGAACAGAAAGACUGCUGAUGAGAGACGGCCUCAGGGACCACAGAGGAGAAGAGGGAGGGGGAGGAAAGGAGGGAGGGAGCAUCGGAGAGACAAGACCAGAACAGUUUUGGAUGAAGAGGAGGAGAAGGAGAAGACGAGAGAAAGAGAGAAAGAGAAAUCGAUCUACCGCCGCGGGGCCAGAAGAUGGAGGAAGCUCUACCGAGUCAACGGACACCUCUUCCAGGCCAAGCGCUUUAACAGGAAAGCAUACUGUGGCCACUGCAGUGAAAGGAUAUGGGGGCUGGGGAGGCAGGGCUACAAGUGUAUCAACUGCAAAUUGCUGGUCCAUAAGCGCUGUCACAAACUCGUCCCUCUGACCUGCCAAAGGCUUAUGGAUCCAGUCAUGCCAUCACAGGAGCCCCCUUUAAAUGAGAAGAGUGAAGAGGUGGACCUCCCACCUGAAGACACAGAGGACGCAGAUGGAAUACCAUUUCUACCACACAAUCGCAAGGUGGACAAAACAGAGGAUGACUCAGAGGACAUCAAGGCAGUGGUGGACGGGAUUGAUGGCAUCAAGAUCUCCCAGGGGCUGGGCCUGGGCGACUUUGACCUGAUCCGGGUGAUUGGGCGCGGCAGCUACGCCAAGGUGCUGCUGGUGCGGCUGAAGAAGAACGAGCAGAUCUACGCCAUGAAGGUGGUGAAGAAGGAGCUUGUGCAUGACGACGAGGAUAUCGACUGGGUGCAGACGGAGAAACAUGUCUUUGAGCAGGCGUCGACCAAUCCGUUUUUAGUAGGCCUUCACUCCUGUUUCCAGACAGAAAGUCGGUUAUUUCUGGUGAUUGAGUAUGUGAACGGAGGGGACCUGAUGUUUCAUAUGCAACGACAACGGAAGCUUCCGGAGGAACACGCACGAUUCUAUGCUGCUGAAAUUUGUAUCGCGCUCAAUUUCCUGCAUGAAAAGGGCAUCAUCUACCGGGAUUUGAAACUGGAUAACGUGCUGUUGGACCACGAUGGACACAUUAAACUCACAGACUAUGGGAUGUGCAAGGAGGGGAUAAGACCAGGGGACACCACUAGUACGUUCUGUGGGACCCCUAACUACAUUGCCCCUGAGAUCCUCAGAGGGGAAGACUAUGGCUUCAGUGUGGAUUGGUGGGCACUGGGCGUGCUCAUGUUUGAGAUGAUGGCCGGCAGGUCCCCAUUUGACAUCAUCACCGACAAUCCUGACAUGAACACAGAGGAGUACCUGUUCCAAGUUAUUCUCGAAAAGCCCAUUCGUAUCCCAAGGUCUUUGUCAGUGAAGGCUGCCAGCGUGCUGAAGGGCUUUCUAAACAAGGACCCCAAAGAGAGGUUGGGUUGCCAGGUUCAAACUGGUUUUACCGACAUCAAGGCUCACACGUUUUUCCGCAGCAUAGACUGGGACCAGCUGGAGAAGAAGGAAGUGACCCCUCCCUUCAAGCCUCAAAUAACUGACGACUACGGCCUCGAAAACUUUGACACCCAGUUCACCAACGAGCCAGUGCAGCUAACACCAGACGACGAGGACGUCAUCAAAAGAAUAGACCAGUCGGAGUUUGAGGGAUUUGAGUACAUCAACCCCUUGUUGCUAUCCAUGGAAGAGUCUGUAUGAAGGAGAGACACGCCCCCUCCUUCACCCACCUACUGUACGUCUGUCCAACCCACUGUCUCAGCCAAAAUCAACUAGCUAGAGACUGGCCUAG